CACAAUCGAGGAGGCGGGGUCCUUUUCUAGGGCGGUCGCGGAGGCAGCGGACGCGGAAAGUCGGACUCCGACCGUCAUGUAUUACAAGUUUAGUGGCUUCACGCAGAAGUUGGUGGGAACAUGGGCUUCGGACGCCUAUAGUCCGCAGGGAUUAAAGCCUGUGGUUUCCACAGAAGCACCACCUAUCAUAUUUGCCACACCAACUAAACUGACCUCCGAUUCUGCGUAUGAUUAUGCUGGGAAAAACAAAGUUCCAGAGCUGCAGAAGUUUUUCCAGAAAUCCGACGGUGUGCCUAUCCACCUGAAACGAGGCCUGCCUGACCAAAUGCUUUACCGGACCACCAUGGCGCUGACUGUGGGAGGGACCAUCUACUGCCUGAUUGCCCUCUACAUGGCUUCACAACCCAAAAACAAAUGAGUUAGGCUGAAGAGGACUGGUUUGCUUUUUGGCAUAAACCCUUUGAAUUUCCAUUUUCAUUGUUUCUGUGAAAUUUAUUUCUUUUUUACUUGGAUGGCCUGGCCGACUUAAUGUUUUUGCAAGAAAAACAAAGAUAUGAAGAUAAUAUUUUGGUAUGUUUAUGAAAUGUAUAUGGCUUGUCAGAGCUCAUUUGACAGUUAAAAUUAUUGUUUUAAGAAAUGACACUACGUUCCUGUGUUUGUGCUCUUGAUUUCCCUGGAGGUUCUGGAUGAAGGUUGCAUAUGGGCUCGUUAACAUCUGUCUGUGCUGAGGAACUCGGGGACUUAGGGUUGCAUUUUUGAACAUGGGGUGCAGAAGCCUUUCUGAAUUUGGAUGUGACUGAGGAAGGAAGACAGACACCAAGGCCAGGUGCAUGAAAUGGGGGGUUCGAGUUAGUAGUCACCUUGGGGAUUUUUCCAUUUUGCAGUAAAAUGUUAAUAGAAAUUAUUUGUCAGGCAGUUCGUUUCAAAGGGUUAUUUGCCUCAUCUCACAUCUUUAGUGAAAUUUUCUGUGUAAUUGUUGUGUAUUUAUUCCACCAUGGGAACAGAGAACACCUGUUUAGUGUUGCACUUUAGACUGCUGUCUGUUUUGUUAAUGCGGCUGUGCCACAAAUUCUCCUUUGUCUUUUAAAAAUGUUAUGGCUUUAAAUUAUGAUUUAUUUUGACUGUGGAAUAAAUACAUGAAUGAAAAA